CAUUUUAGUAUCAUUUCCUUUCUGUUUAGAACUUCCCGUCGUAUCGCACGUGGAUAAAACAAUUCGGCAAAAUGGUAGCCCAAAAAAAGACGAAAAAGGCCAUUGAAAGUAUCAACAGUCGUUUGGCGUUGGUAAUGAAAUCUGGAAAGUACUGUUUAGGAUAUAAACAGACGUUGAAGACACUCCGCCAAGGAAAGGCCAAACUCAUCAUCAUAUCCAGCAACACACCUCCACUAAGGAAGUCAGAAAUUGAAUAUUAUGCUAUGUUAGCCAAGACUGGAGUACAUCAUUACAGUGGAAACAAUGUAGAGUUGGGAACAGCAUGCGGUAAAUACUUCAGGGUUUGCUCUAUGUCUAUUACUGACCCGGGAGACAGUGAUAUCAUCAAGUCCAUGCCUGCCGGAGAUGGUGCCCCACAGUAACGCAAAAUUGUUUUAUGUAAGGUGAUUUUUUUUGUUUUGUAUUAUGUACAAUUUGAAUAAACCUAUAAGAAUGUA